AUGUCGUUCAAAUUCAACUGGAACUCGUUUAAUGACGAGUCUUUCUACACACGAGCGAAGAAGUUGCUCACUGAUGCGCUGAACAAGUCCAACAAACCUCCUAUUAUUGUCGACAAGAUUAUUGUUCAGGAUUUAUCUCUUGGAAGUGAGGCUCCUGAUUUAGAAAUCCUCGAAAUUGGCGACUUGGCUGAUGACAGGUUUCGUGGCAUUUUUAAACUCACUUAUUCUGGCAAUGCUUCUAUAACUCUGGCUACUAAAGUACAGGCCAAUCCAUUGAAUGUGUAUGCACAGAACGCUCCUGGAUUCUGUAUGCCACAGUUUUUGGGAGCUUCGUCGUCUCUGGCUAUGCCUUUAAAUCUCACAUUGUCAGAUAUAGUGCUUUCAGGAAUUAUCAUUCUGGUGUUUUCAAAAGCCAAAGGUCUGACUCUGGUGUUUAGAAAUGACCCAUUGGAAAAGAUUAAAGUGAGCUCGACGUUUGAUGCGUUACCAGGCAUUGCCAAGUUCUUACAAGUACAAAUUGAGAACCAGAUUCGAGUGUUGUUCCGUGAAGAAUUACCGACGAUUUUACAUAAAUUGAGUCAGAAAUGGACUCCUUCAGGAUCGGAGAUGUCGGAGCUGAUGUCGUUGAAAUCACAUACCUCGUCUCCUAUUUCGACCGAGCCAUCGUCUCCACGACUGAAACCAGUGUCGCUGAUGGAAAUUAACCCUGAUAUGCCUGAGUUCAGUCCUACAAAUAUGCUCAAAUUAGAAGCUCUGUGUGCCAGUCAACGAACACUCAACUUGUUCACACCCGCUAUCCCGGAAGCUGUAUACCGGUCCAGUUUAGAAUCUUUUGAGAAUGCUCGACGCAAAAAUGGCCGCGAUGUACAGAGUCUUGUUGGCGGCGACGAUUUGUACGAUGUCAUGAGACUACAAACCAAACAGGCUCAAAACAGAUCUUCCAACAUCACACCCAAACGACGAGUUAUCAAGAUUAAGCGUAACAAGGCAUCCGACUCUACAAAUUCUGAUACUCCUUCUGCCGAGGCAUCUGCUGCUUCUACACCUAUUUCAUCAAGUACUCCAACAUCUGCAUCGACAGCCACAUCUGCUUCUUCAAAUACCACCUCCAGCACCAACACUUCUUCGUCCCUCAGCCCUUCAUCUUCUAACACAUCUUCCAACUCUUCAGCCGAUCUGAACUCGUCGAAAACCACAUCCAUUGCAUUUUUACCGGUCAUUGACGAGUCUCUGGCCUCGACGUCUGCGAUCCCUUCACUCGAUCUCAAACUUCCAAGACAGCGACGCGAGUCGAUUCUUAAACCUACUUCGAUCCUUGAACAAGACGGAAAGCAAGCUCCUUCGUCCAAACAUGAACACGAACAUGUUCACUGGACCCAUGAAAACGCUCUCCCCAAAGAUAAACUGUUCAAAGACUUCUUCAGUCGCAACGUCAACAUCCGUCCCGACGACCAUACAAACAACCCACCUCCACCGGCCUAUGUCGCCUAG